UGCUGACUGACUCCCCAAUCUUUCCUCGCUUGUACGUUAUGGAUGUUCACAUAAUCACAUCCUAAAUGUAGAGUACCAGCUAAAAGUCUGGAUACACCUACUGAAAAUCGUUUGUUUUUUAACGAGAUAAUGACCCUAAGCGCACCUCAAGGUGAUGUAGAAGUAUAAUCUUGUGAGCAAGGGGUGGAAGGUGUGAAAUAUCAGAUCAUCACAUCUUCAGGUCAUGAAGGUAGCAUAUGAAGACUUGACAACACAAACGUGCCAGGGAUGGAUUCUCAUCUCUUUCCAUUUCCCCCCAAGGUGCUUCACCCUGGAAGAUAUACUGUGAUGUCGACGAGGUGCUCUGACUUGACAGUUAUCAAGUGAUAGAUCAGCGAAAUGUAUUGCAGUAUCCACAAGUUUGUCUCAGUGUUGUCAUUCCAUGAAUGUCCUUGUUCUUCACUGCACAAUAUUCAUUUCAGGGAAAAUAGAUCAUUACACAGUACAUGUACAGCUAGGAUGAAAAAAAUCCUUCCAGGACCGUUGAAAAUCCAUUCAAGCCAACAAGUUUGGAGAGAAUGUUGAGUUUAAUCAAUGCAGAACGUCGAGAUGGAGCCCAACUCAUUGAAGUGGGUCGGCUCGCCGUGCGCUUUGCAAGGACCUCGCAUUCUCUACAAAGCCUUUAAAUUUCACCUUAACGGCAAACCGAGAAUUCUGUCCCUUGGCGACUUUUUCUUUGUCAGAUGUGAACCAGAAGACCCAAUUUGCAUAGCAGAACUCCAGCUGUUGUGGGAAGAAAAAACAUCCAAGCAACUUUUAUCGAGCUCUAAACUUUAUUUUCUUCCAGAAGACACUCCCCGGGGAAGAGCUGUCAGUCAUGGAGAGGAUGAAAUUAUUGCUGCCUCUGAGAAAGUAGUUGUGAAGUUGGAAAACUUGGCAAAAUGGACCAUGUCAGAUUUCUCAGAGUGGAAAUAUGGACUGGAAGCAAUGGCUCUGAAGCCUUCCAUAGUCAAGGAACUCCGCCAAAAUGGACAGAAGCAGGUUCUGCACAAGUACAGGGAAUCAACUCUCAACAGUGGCCUCAACUUCAAGGAUGUCUUAAACGAAAAGGCAGAAUUGGGUGAAGAUGAGGAGCGAGUUCUGGUUCUGAGCUACCCGCAGUACUGUCGGUAUCGGUCCGUUAUAGCCCGCCUGCGAGAGUGGCCCUCAUCCUUGGUGAUAGAGCAUGUUCUGCUGGCCUUGGGUGGCAUCGUCUCCAUUGGCAGCACCCAUAUAUUCUACUGCCGUGAAACCUUCAACCACCCAACACUCCCCGAAAAUGGAAACGUCUGUGACAAAUUUGGCCCUAGUUUGAAAGGCCGGCUCAGGAAGAACAAGCUGCCGCUCUCCCAGCAGCACAGAGCCCAGGGUCUGUGCGGCACCAAGGAAGCCAGUAACGCUGAGGACAAGGCCACUGUCAAGGCAAAAACGGAGAGUAAGGCAUUUGUUACCAAACCCAAAAACAGCAGUGCCUGUAAAAAGGUAUUUGCUGUCAAGAAGUCCAAGCUGGGGGCAGGCAAGGAAGCCCAUGUGGAUGAGCAGGCAUUUCUAGUAGCUCUGUACAAAUUCAUGAAAGAGAGGAAAACACCCAUUGAAAGGAUACCUUACCUGGGAUUCAAGCAAAUAAACCUUUGGACUAUGUUUCAAGCUGCUCAAAAAUUGGGAGGAUAUGAACUGAUUACAGCCCGCCGACAGUGGAAAAAUGUGUAUAAUGCGCUUGGGGGCAAUCCUGGAAGCACAAGUGCUGCAACCUGCACACGCAGACAUUAUGAGAGGCUUAUCCUCCCAUAUGAGAAGUACAUCAAAGGGGAAGACGGCAAGCCCAUUGCUCAGGUCAAGCCGCGGAAACAGGAGUGUGACAUCCAAGACAGUGGCAGCAAGGCACGGGCCGUCAUAACAAAACACACCAAAGACGAGCAUCAGCCGGAACCCAAGACUGACAGCUUUCAUUCAGAAAAAGGACUUUCCUCUUCACAGGUACCUGACAAUACGGAGGAGAGUCAAGAGUUUUGGCAGCCCCCGGAAAUGGGAAAUGAGAAGGAAGAGGAAUUACACCUCCCUGACAAAAAUAAGACUGAGGACAUAUAUGUACAAGCAAUGACACCACUGUCCCCUGCCUUUUCUGUAGAAAAUGGUCCAUCCAAGCACCUGUCCAAGGAUAACUCAUUUCAGUAUUCACUGGAGCACCGCGAAGAGUGUGAAUUCCUAGAAAGACAUGGCUACAAGGUGCUAGAGAACUCCAGUGGGCUUUGCCAAGGUAUUAAUCUGUCAUUGCAUCAAGGGAAGGAACAAUGGCAGUGCAGCCACCCUGAAUAUAAUAUACAUAAGAAGCAGGACCUUACUGUAAAUCGAAAGACUCCAAGUCAUGUGGACAUGGUACUGCCCACAUUAAAAUCAAAGCUAUUGCCCACUUUAAAAUCAAAGCCAUUGCCCACUUUAAAAUCAAAGCUAUUGCCCACUUUAAAAUCAAAGCCAUUGCCCACUUUAAAAUCAAAGCCAUUGCACUCUCCUACAGCCUGUAACACAUUAGCUAAUGAGACAGAUCUUCCCAGCAAGGAAGAGUCAUGUUUCAGUCAUUUACCAAUAUUGUACCCAAAGGGAAACCUGGGUAUUAUGUCUCCCUUGGCCAAGAAGAAGCUUCUGUCUCAGGUCACUGGUACUUCAUUUGCUAAUAAUUAUUCCUUUGGUUCUGCUCUUCUAAUGGUCAAUAAUAAAUGUAUAACUAAAAGUCCUGUGGAACUGCUUCCAGUGGAGGAUUCACACGUGUCCUGUGUGGAGGCCGUGGUAGUUAAGAGACCAUCUGUAAUACAACAUGCUCACAGUUUUAAACCCCCAGGUGUAGAAGAGAGAAGGCUCACAUAUGAAGAUUUGAAGACAGAUUUGUGCAGGAUAUGCAAACCUUCUCAGUUUCACUUACAGAAAAACCCUACCAUUGACUCAUACCCACUCAGUACUAAUGUUCUCAAGAACAUGGAGAAAACAGGAGAUAAUCAAAAAUUGUAUGAUUCCCACGCACCAAACAUCUUUGGUAAUGUUCAUUCCUGUCCACAUCUGCAUAGCAUUUACCAGCAGACAGAAUAUCAUAUGUUUAAGGAGCCCCUGACCAAAUACUGGAAAAGAAAAUUGUUUUCAGGAGACUGUAACAUUACUCAGAUGUCAUAUCCAAACAGUCAACAUGAUAGUAUCAUCUUAGACCAUGAUGGACUUCUAAAUAAAAAUGAGAAAAUAGCACCAGAGGACCAACCCAGAGAUUUGAGUCUUCCUAAGGAUUCUAUUCAUGAAUCAUCAUCCUUCAAAGCCCAUAGCAUUGCACAUCCUGACUUGAAGUAUCCCCCCCUUUUGUCCAAGAAUGGUCAGCAGACCAGCAGCCUGGACUAUCACCCCGAGGUUUGCCAUAUCUCCCCAGUCACAAUAUCUAGCCAGGAAAAAGCUACAGAAACUCUCCAGGAAUAUCCAGACAAAGAAGAUGACAUUGUUACUCUAAAAAUGGAGGAGCUAGUACAGCCAAUUCUGAACACCAAGUGUAAUAUGCAGAACAUUGCUGCUACUAGGCCCUUGAAAAGGUAUCAGCAAGAUUCAGAAAACGGGGUCCCUGAGAAGAAGAUGCGGGCCGUGACACCUGUCCCCUCCACAGCAGCGACCGGAAAGACACCCGACAGUGAAAGUGCGAGAUUAAAGCCAGUAGAUAUGUCUCAUGCCAUACAUGCCUACAGCCAAGUUGAAAACCUUAAACUAUCCCCACAACCCCUCAUCUUUCCCAAGCUGUACCCUGGGAUGCCCUUUUCUCAGGUACAGAAUGUCUGUAACAGUUUGAACUCCCAAGUCCCAGCUGAAAAGUCCCACCCUCUCCAGUUCUUGAAGAACUCAGCCAUCAUCUCCCCACUCAUGCCUCGGUUUGCAUUCCAUUCCACCACCAAUCCUCAAAACUUGGACAAGCACCAUGUUUGGGCCUCCUACGAUGAUUUUCUCUCCACCCUGAGUUCCCAGUCAUCCUUCAACCUCCCACAACUUUCCUCUGAGUUCCCCAGCCCCAAUAUGUCAUAGAUAGACUAGUCUGAUUUUCUACAUUGGCGGUUUCCUAGUUCCGCUGGAUAUGGAGUAAGAUGAGAUGUGGAGGUAAAGCUGUCAUCAGAAGGACACAUAAGUGUUGUGUUUAUUUGGGUAUGUUUCCAAAAUUUGACAGACUGGUCAAGAAUUGAAUGAUUCAAGGAUUUUUGUUGGUCACGUGCAAGGCAUACAGUGAGACUAUAAACCUGCAGUGAAAUGAAAGGCCGUCAACUCUGCCAUAACUAAAAUAGCAAAAGCAAUAAAAUAAACAGAAAAAAACAAGUAAUAAAUAAGGAACAGAAAGUUAUAUUCAUAAAGAAGAGGUAAAAACUGAGAAAAAUGAUGUGCUGAAAUAAAGUGAGUGGUGCAUGUACAGUAUGAGGAACAAGUGUUAAACUAAAACUAUGUAGUAAUUACUAAAUUACUUUAGUAAUUCAGUCAAUACAAAGUAUAGAGUAAAUCUGCCAAAUUACUGGCUUCCUUUUUUGAAAGCACUGUAAGAAAUUAUAUGUUUACUAUCAGAAGAAAUCCUUAUUUGGGGAGCCUCUUUAAGUGUAAACAAUUUGCAGUUUAGGAGCUUCUUCUGACAUCAGUGCGGAUUACGAAUGACUAUGCACCUGGAAGAUUGUAGUAUUCUCACAUUCCAUAUAAAAAAUCCUCACUAUUUUAUUACAGUUCUGUAAAAAUGUUUUGUAGUUUUGACAAUGACUUUAUAUCCGCCCAUGUCUAAAAUUGUUCAUUUUGUAUUUUAUUCACUAUCUACUAUUUGUAUAAAGGAAUUGAAUAUAAGUUAUAUUACAUCUUUUGGUUAGGUGUGUAAGAAAACAGUGCCUUUUGGGACUGUCGGUUAUGUAUACAAGUACUGCUGCAGAAGAGCAAGAGCAUUUUUCUGCACCUGAGAUACAUGGGCUAUUUUAAUGUUGGAAAGCUGAUUAGGUGCGUUAUGCUUUGUAAGUCCAAGUCCAACCUUACUUGAGUGACUCUGUGAAGGAAAGAAAAUGGCCCUUCUGAUUACAUUAAAAAUCAUGUGAUCAGUGUUACCCAGGCAAUUUCGCAUAGACACAAUAUCAUUAUAUAUAACAAUAAAUGUUACUUAUUGACAGAAUGAUAUUCAGUACAUGUCACAGAGUGAACAUAGAUUUGGACAUAGAUUUCUGAGUCAUAUUAAAGCAAUUCUUACUACUCCAGGGUAGUUAAAGUUUUCUAAUUCUGAUACUAGCAUAUGUGUUUGGCUGAGUAACUAUAGGAUGGAACAUCGUGACACAGGUUAGUUUUACCUUGUUAAUGAUGUGUUACUGCAAUAACUGUUACAAACCUGCUUAGUACGAGCGGAACUGCAGAUUCAGACAUUUGGUACAUGACCUUUUAUUAGGUAGUAAAGUGAUUUGGUUAAUUCUGAUAAUGAACAGACACAGCCAUGCACCAAAUAUCGGAAGUUGUGGUUCUUGCCAUACUGAAUACAAUUACUGCUGCAACAACACAUGUAUGUGACUCAGCCUCAAAGUUCAUUCUAUUUACUGUACGUAUGAGCUUUGGAAGUUUGGCCUUUAUAUAUGGGAAAUUAUGAUGUUAUGAAGAGGUGAAAAAACUUUUAAUUUUAAACAAGAAAAUGGGCUGUUUUCAUAUGGAUAGUUGCUGUAGUUAUUCACUGUAAGAUUUGUAACACUGGGACUAAUGGAAAGAUUGUGUGGUCACCAUUCAGAAACCACUAUGGGACAAACAUCUGGCUACAUUUCUAACUGGAGUUGUUGAGUAAAUCAUUUUAAGGAUCACUUAAAAACAUGUUCAUUAUUACAUUUUUGCAUCCAUCUGUUUUGGGACAAAGGGCUGUAACAUUUGUCCCAGAAAAACAUAUUUGUCUGUAUAUAUAAUGCAUAUUAUCUUUUAAACAUUUGUUGUUACAGUAUGAGUGUGCUUUGUAUAUAAUGUAAAAGUUGUAAAA